AAGAAGAGAAUUUAUCCAAAGAUUAAAACUUGAAGCAACCUUAAAUGUGCAUGAUGGCUGUGUUAAUACAAUCUGUUGGAAUGACACUGGAGAAUAUAUUUUAUCUGGCUCUGAUGACACCAAACUUGUAAUUAGUAAUCCGUACAGCAGAAAGGUUUUGACAACAAUCCGUUCAGGGCAUCGAGCAAAUAUAUUUAGUGCAAAGUUUUUGCCGUGUACAGAUGAUAAGCAGAUUGUGUCUUGCUCUGGAGAUGGAGUCAUAUUCUAUACUAAUAUCGAGCAAGAUGCAGAAACCAACAGACAGUGCCAAUUUACGUGCCAUUAUGGAACUACUUAUGAGAUUAUGACUGUACCAAAUGACCCUUACACAUUUUUGUCCUGUGGUGAAGAUGGAACCGUUAGGUGGUUUGACACACGCAUCAAAACUAGUUGCACAAAAGAAGACUGCAAAGAUGAUAUUUUAAUCAACUGCCGGCGUGCUGCCACAUCUGUGGCUAUUUGUCCCCCAGUACCAUAUUACCUUGCUGUGGGUUGUUCUGAUAGCUCAGUACGGAUUUAUGACCGACGGAUGCUGGGCACAAGAGCUACAGGGAAUUAUGCAGGUCGAGGAACUACUGGAAUGGUUGCUCGCUUUAUCCCUUCUCAUCUUAGUAAUAAAUCCUGCAGAGUGACGUCUCUGUGUUACAGUGAAGAUGGCCAAGAGAUUCUUGUUAGUUAUUCUUCAGAUUACAUCUAUCUUUUUGACCCCAAAGACGAUACAGCACGAGAACUUAAAACUCCUUCUGCGGAGGAAAGGCGAGAAGAGUUACGACAGCCUCCAGUUAAGCGCUUGAGACUUCGUGGUGAUUGGUCAGAUACUGGUCCCAGAGCAAGGCCGGAGAGUGAACGAGAACGAGAUGGAGAGCAAAGUCCCAACGUGUCAUUGAUGCAGAGAAUGUCUGAUAUGUUAUCAAGGUGGUUUGAAGAAGCAAGCGAAGUUGCACAAAGCAAUAGAGGAAGGGGAAGACCUCGACCAAGAGGUGCAACAAAUCAGUCAGAUGUUUCAACUCUUCCUACGGUUCCAUCAAGUCCUAAUUUGGAAGUUGGUGAAACUGCAAUGGAUGUAGAUGCACCAGCUGAGCAACUGCUUCAACCUUCUACAUCCUGUACAGUGUCUGUUCAGGCUCAGGCAACAGCAUCUGCCAUAGAAAGCCCUGGUUGUACUUCUGUGCUGUCUUCUCCAGACAGUGAACCAAGGCAGUCUGUUGAAGCGUCUGGACACCAUGCACACCAUCAGUCCGAUUCUCCUUCUUCUGUGGUUAACAAACAGCUCGGAUCCAUGUCACUUGAUGAGCAACAGGAUAACAAUAAUGAAAGGCUGAGCCCCAAACCAGGGACAGGUGAACCAGUUUUAAGUUUGCACUACAGCACAGAAGGAACAACUACAAGCACAAUAAAACUGAACUUUACAGAUGAAUGGAGCAAUACUGCCUCAAGUUCCAGAGGAAAUGGGAGCCAUUGCAAAUCUGAGGGUCAGGAGGACCCCUUGGCUCCACAGAGCUCUAUGCAAGCACCUGAAGGAGACAGCGAAACAAGAGCUCCUGAAGAACUAUCAGAAAAAGGAACAUUUUCAGAAAACCUCACUCAAAACCAGAUAGAUAUAGCACAAUCUGAUACCUUCCCCACUGAGCCAUUGGAUCCUAACUCAGGAGAAAGGAGUAAUCCAAGUCUUGAUAGCCCUUGUGGGGUUCCAGAAGAAGGCACAUUGCCCGAAACAGGCAAGGAGGUUUCCGAGCCAACUAGCACUGGGGACGCUACAAGUCAUGCUAGCACCAAUCCUGAACUCCCAUCCCAGACAGAAGCCAUUGGGCCUUCAGCUCACGAAGACACAUCAACCAGGGACUCUGCUCUCCAGGACACAGAUGACAGUGAUGAUGACCCAGUCCUGAUCCCCGGUGCAAGAUAUCGGGCAGGACCUGGUGAUAGACGCUCUGCUGUUGCCCGCAUUCAGGAGUUCUUCAGGAGGAGAAAAGAAAGGAAAGAAAUGGAAGAAUUGGAUACUUUGAACAUUAGAAGGCCACUAGUAAAGAUGGUUUAUAAGGGUCAUCGCAACUCCCGGACAAUGAUAAAAGAAGCCAAUUUCUGGGGUGCUAACUUUGUAAUGAGUGGUUCUGACUGUGGCCAUAUCUUCAUUUGGGAUCGGCACACUGCUGAGCACCUGAUGCUCCUGGAAGCUGAUAAUCACGUGGUCAACUGCCUGCAGCCUCAUCCAUUCGACCCAAUUCUAGCCUCAUCUGGCAUAGAUUACGACAUAAAGAUCUGGUCGCCAUUGGAAGAGUCAAGGAUUUUUAAUCGAAAACUUGCUGAUGAAGUUAUAACUCGAAAUGAACUCAUGCUGGAAGAGACUCGAAACACCAUUACUGUCCCAGCAUCUUUCAUGUUAAGAAUGUUGGCAUCACUAAAUCAUAUCCGAGCUGACCGUUUGGAGGGUGACAGAUCUGAAGGUUCAGGUCAGGAGAAUGAAAAUGAGGAUGAAGAAUAAAUGACUCUUUGCAAGCACUUAGAUGUUCUGAAAUUUGUAUACGACAUUUAUUAUAUUUUUUUUUUCUUUACAGAACUUUAGUGCAAUUUAAGGCUAUGGUUUUUUUGGAGUUCUUCCCCAUUUUUUGGGAUAACCAAACAUUGGUUUGGAAUGAGUGUGUGCAUGAGUUGGGAGAGUGUGUAAAACAAAACAAGCAAAAUGUUUUUGAAACUUUUUGCCGUGUAUGGAGUGCUCGAAAAUGCCAAGUGCAAUACUUCCCUAACCCUCAGAUGUGAGAGCUUGGAUCAAUGUUGAAAAGUCAUUUUCAUUGUAGUGAAAAUGUUGGUUCAAAUAAAUUUCUACACUUGCCAUGUGCAUGUUUGUUGCUUUCUAAUUAAAGAAGUUGGUUGUUUUAAGAUCCUAAA